UAUUUACGUUAAGACGAGUGUGGAACAGCAUAAUCCUUGAAACAAACAGAGGGUAUCAACCUUCUUCUACACCGUCUUCUCCACGAACAAGUUUCUUUCUCUUCUCCUUUCUUAUAUUGCCUUCUUCUCUUCUUACUGUGAAAUCUAUGGAUUACGAUUUUAGAAACAGAGCAGCCUCACCAUACGAGGCACAGAUCCCAAUGUACAGGACGCCCUCUUCAUCGUCUGCUCCGUCGAGCCACCCCAUGUACGGACAGUCUCUGUAUCCGAGAAUCGGUCAAAUGCCAAUCCCUCCCGUAGGCCGCCACUCCUCUCAUCACCAAACUUCUGCUCCGUCGACUUCUUCUUCAGGAAUAGGCAUUCGGGUUGCUGUAAAGCCUGAGUAUCGGAUCACUCCUCCGCCUCAAUUGUCAUUGCAAGUAGGGGAUAUUCCUCGGAGCAACUUCCAGUUUGACUUUGAGUUUGAGCGGAAAAUUUUAGCUGAAGCAGAGAAGGAAAGCCAGAACUGGAGCAAGCUUGGGUUGGAAAAUCUUCCAUCUAAAACAACAGAACCAACUUCGUCAUUGGGUUCAACUGCAGAUCCUGUAGUAAGCAAGUACAUUGCAUCCGGACUUAAUCGAGAAGCGGUUCCUCUUGCAGUUGCAAACUAUGGAGAUAAUCCAACAAAGGUUCAAGAAUUUGCCAGUGGCUACACCCUUCUAAGGGAAAUGGGAUUUUCAUCAAACAAUGUUGCUGAAGCUCUACUAAUGUAUGAUAAUGACACAGACAAGGCUUUGGCACAUUUCCUUAACAGCUCAUCAUGAACAUAGUGAAAACCAAUCAGCAAAUGGUGGUCCUUUCCCUGUCUCCGUAGCUUUGUUCUCAUUGUAAAAAAUUUAUCCAACCGAGGCUUGUUUAUAUAUAUGUAUUAAUACGUAAAUUCAAAAUUAUAUUUCUGUUUCAGAUGAGACAUAAUUGCAUUUUUAUUGACUGUAAUUGUCUGCUAUAUAUAAUUGCAUUUGAGAUUUAGCUGCAUCACACAGGUGGUUGUCCUGUUGAUGAUAUGGUAUUCUAAAAUGAGUCGAUUGUAACUUGUUGUCUGGCCAAUAUGCCAUGGCAUUAUAAGAUCUUCCUCUGGCA